UGGAUAAUAUAUCUAUAGCAUAAAAUAUUUUAAAUUAUUAUUAUACUAUUUCUAAUCGUUAAGCAUUUUGGUUGAAUUUAUUCGGCAAGAUGAAAAAUAAACUCAUAAUCGCUUUCACAUUUUUCAUUUGCAUAUCGUCUGAACAAAUAAAAGCUGAUCCUGUUGCAAAUAAUUCGUCAACGGAUCCCCGGGAAGUAAGAAGAUGCGCGGAUCGUGGAACACCAGGUUUAAUCUGCACAACCUGCAUGAAUGUCGCCAAAUGUGUAAAAUCAGGAAAAAAUUGGCUAACUAUUCCGGUAGAUGUUUGUCGUGGCCGCGAGACUUGCAAUGUUAAAGAAGGAGGCUGCUCAGCUAAACCUGGACCGUGCUCAAACAUACAAGAUCAGAUUAGAUGCAGAACCGAAGGUCUCGUACCUGACGCGUAUGAUUGUCAAAAAUAUCAUUUCUGUCCAGGCCCUGGUGAAGAAUCUAAUACUGUUGAAUGCAAAGGUAACUUUGCAUUUAAUAUAAAAACUGGAAGAUGCGAUUUGAAUGCUAAUGAUGCUACAAUAUGCAAAAUGUUGCCUAUUAAAUGCAAUAAACCCGGCCAUGGGGCAGCUUGGCCAGAUGAUAAGAAUUUAUUUUAUGUGUGCACUAAAGAUGGUCCAGAAUUUUAUAGAUGUGAUCAUGGUUUUUCCUAUGAUAACCAGAAGCAGGAUUGUGUCAAGAAUCAAGGAGGUGGAGGACAAGGAACAGGAACAGUUCCGGCAAUAUGUACAGAGCUCGGUAAAUACCCGGAUCCCGAAGAUGAAGAUAGCUUUUAUCACUGUGUUAAAAUUGGACAAAGGCCACGACAUAAAACUUGCGACUGGGGAGAAACUUUCGAUCCAAAGAAGUUAAAAUGUGUCUGUAACAGCUAUUGGUGCUGGUGAAACGGAACAAAUAAAAUUAUCCAAUAUAUUAACCUAUAGGUAUCAAUUUAUUGAUGCCAAAUAUGAAAUAGAAUGAUUUCUUUAUUGAUCAUUAUUUCAAAACGCAUCUGCAAUUUUAAAUAACAAUUACAUAUGCGCCUAAAUUAAUUAAUAUAUAAAGAGAAUUA